ACUCCGAUGUAUUUGCAGAUAUGAAAGCUCUCCUAGUUGUUCUCCUAGCGACCGCUGCAGCUUCGCAACUGAUUGCGCCAAUGAUAACAGUUGAUGAACACAUUCCCGGGCGUUAUAUCGUCAAACUCAAGGAAGGACGGAAGUUGGAUGAUGUCGCUUUCAACCUUGAUGGCGCCAAAAUUUUAUGCACAUACAAAAAUGUGUUCAGUGGAUUCGCCGCCGAUCUCAGCGAUCGUCUGGUUGAACGACUCCGUAAAUCUGAUGCCGUUGAAUACAUCCAAGAAGACGGAAUGGCAUACGCCAGCGCAGUCUCAUCAUGGGGGCUCGAUCGCAUCGACCAGAUCAAUCUCCCACUCGAUGAUACCUACACCCCGGUGCUCGGAGACGGUGAGGGGGUAAGCGUGUACGUCCUCGAUACCGGAAUCAAUCUCAACCAUCAGGACUGGGUAGGACGAUCUUCAUAUGGCAUAGAUACACACGGAGGAACUGGUGAGGAUUGCAAUGGCCACGGAUCUCACUGCGCAGGUACAAUCGGUGGAACUCAGUACGGUGUCGCUAAGGCGGCAAAACUCAUCGGAGUUCGUGUACUCUCAUGUGCAGGAUCAGGCGCUUAUUCCCAGAUAAUUGAAGGUUGUGAUUGGGUAGCUGGGAACGCCACCCUGCCUGCUGUAGCUUCCAUGUCGCUUGGUGGUGGUGCUAACCAAGCAACCGAUGAUGCCAUCCAGCGAAUGAUUGAUGCUGGUAUCACUGUGGUUGUAGCAGCGGGGAAUAGUAACACGGAUGCCUGCAACACCUCACCAGCUCGAUCUGAACCUGCAAUCACUGUCGCAGCAUCAGAUAUUACAGACACUAGGGCUUCCUUCUCUAACUACGGUACCUGUUGUGAUAUCUUUGCACCUGGCGUGGAUAUUACAUCAGCUUGGUAUGGCGAACCAGAUGCUACUAACACCAUCAGUGGUACCUCUAUGGCUUGCCCACAUGUAGCAGGUGCUGCGGCGGUCAUACUUGCUAACGAUCCCGGUCUCACCCCAAGUGAAGUGAAAGAAGCCCUUCAACUUAAAUCUAUCGGUGAUGCUGUACAAGAUCCACAGUACGGAUCACCCAACCUACUACUCUACAUAGGGGAAGGAUCAGGAGGUGGAUUCAUUCCUACACCACCACCGCCACCACCAGGCUGUGGUGGGCUAUUCGACUCACCGUCGGGAACGUUCACCAGUCCAUAUUACCCAGGUAGCUACGAUAACAGUAUGAACUGCGAGUACCUUAUUUCGACCACGGAUGAAAAGCAAGUAGUGUACGUGACCUUUGAAUUCUUCGAUCUCGAGUCCCAGAGCACCUGUAACUACGAUUCGCUCACGGUAUAUGAUGGAACAAGCACGAGCGAUCCUGUGUUGGCGGUUUUGUGUGGUAACACCAUUCCUGAAAGCUUGAUGAGCAGUGGCAGGAGCUUGUUCCUCGUCUUCAAAAGUGAUAGCAGUGUUACUAAGAAUGGCUUUUCUGCAUCCUACCAAGCUUUGGAGUACGCAGAUUGUGGUGGAACUUUCAGCUCCCCCAUGGGUAUAUUGGUGUCCCCCAACUACCCUGAUAACUAUAACAACCAUGCGGAUUGCUCUUUCACCAUCCAAGCACCGGCUGGGCAGACGGUCACGCUUACUAUUAAUGAUCUCGAUAUCGAAGAGCACGCUUCAUGCAGUGCAGAUGCAGUAGAGAUACAUGAUGGUGACAUGAAUGGUCCUUAUCUUGCUAAAGUGUGUGGCACUACGAUCCCUGCACCCAUCACAUCUACCAAGAACUCCAUGUUUGUAAGGUUCAUCAGCGACAGUUCAGUGAACAGACGUGGAUUCAAGGCGACAUACAGCAUUCCAUAAGGAUGCAACCUAGGAUCAACCGGCUCUACAUGUAUCUACAGCCGUAAUAAUCAAUUGGACUAUAAGAAUACUUACUAUGAUUUUAACGUACGUUAAACAUAACUAACAAUGACGAAUGAAGAGAGUGAGAUAACUAUCCCUCUACCCACCCCCAGAAAUUAAAAUAAUUAUUACAAUAAUAUUGAUAACAAUCAGUUCCUCCUGUUCGAAGUCCGAAUAGGCCUAUUCUAUUUAAAAGGAAACACUCAGAGUGUUCUCAAAAGGUUUCUUUCAGUAUAAUUGUAAAGUCUUAUAAUUUCCCAGUUUAAUAUAAACUAGAUUUUCCUUUUUCAAUUAUCUCACGUGUCGACGUAAUACAGACAGUCGUAUUAAUUCCAUUGCAAACUUAUGACAAAUGAAAAACUGUGUCAAGUAAAUUCAAACUUACAAUCCAUUAUGAUAACAACGUCGGGUUUUUAGAAACGAUUUAGCUCUAUCUAAAUAGUGCAUUAUUGCCAUUGAUAAUUAACUAUUACCCAUUUGUAUGCGUUUACUGCAUUUCUUCGCUAAUAGUAUUACAACUUGAAAUAUCCCUCUUCAGAUUUCUAAUGAAACUGUUCAUUUAUAAAUGUCAUGAUACACAAAAAAUGAUGUUACCAAGCCCGAGUGUAUUAUAACGCUUUAAAAUGUAUUCGUGCUGCAUCACUAGGAGCCCCUAAUCAUGUUUGUAUUGCAUUGUAAGAGCUAAAAAUAAAACAUUAAAUUUGUUGCUGAUUCUGGAGAUCCACCUCUCUCGAUUAAAAUAUCAAUUAUUUAAUGCUGA